AUGCCUACCGAGGAUUGUUUGCCAAACUCAUAUGCCAUCACUGCCUUGAUACAUGGGCUAUUCAAAGAGAGAAAAUUGAUGGAAGCAUCCUCAGUCAUGGAAACAAUGUUAAAUAUAGGUGUGAAGCCUACAGUCCCUCAUUACAAUAUUUUAAUUAAUCGUGUUCUGAAAGAAGGUGAAUUUGAUCAUGCUCAUGAGCUUCUCAAUAAAAUGGUUUCUGUCGGUAACCAACUUACUGUAAUUACUUACAACACAUUUAUUCAGGCAUAUUGCGUGCUUGGGAAUAUAAAGGAAGCAGAGAAGGUGAUGAUUAAGAUGAAUGUAGAAGGAAUUUCUGCAGAUUCAUUGACUUACACAUUUUUAAUUGAUGCAUAUGUGCGUAUGGGAUUAAUUGAUUGUGCUUUUGAUGUUCUUAACCGCAUGUUUGAUUCUGGUUGUGAGCCUUGUCGUCGUACCUAUUCCUUUCUAAUCAAAUAUCUCUCAAAUGAAAAGUUGGUCAUGACAAACAGUAAAGCAGUGGGUCUCGAUAUCAUGUUAAAUGUCUCUGGCAAUAUUACUCAUAUAUGGAAGACCAUGGAUUUUGAAAUUGCUUUGGAGCUAUUUGAGAAGAUGGUUGGACAUGGUUGUGCUCCCAAUAUGAACACUUAUGGCGAGCUUAUAGUAAGAUUUUGCAAAGACAGAAACUUGCAAGUAGCUCAGAGGUUAUAUAAUCAUAUGAGAGAUAUGGGUAUUUCUCCUAACGAAGGUAUUUAUAAUUCUCUUGUUAAUUAUUGCUGUCAGAUGCAAGUAUACGGAGAGGCAGCAAUGCUAGUGCAUACUAUGAUUGAGCAUGGUUAUUUACUAGCAUUGGAGUCAUGCAAGUUGCUUGUAUGUGGACUUUUUGAUGAAGAGGACGACGAGAAGGCUAAGGCAGUUUUUUGUAGUAUGCUUCGCUGUGGGUAUAACUAUGAUGAAGUUGCUUGGAAACUUCUCCUUGAUGGUUUGGUUAAGAGGGGCCAUUUAAAUAGAGGAUCAGAGCUGCUAACAAUCAUGGAGAAGAUGGGUUGCCAGCUUCAUCCGGAGACAAAUAGAAUGUUGACCAAGGGACUUAAUGGAACAUGA